UUGAGGUUAAGUCAAACGCCAGCUCUCAUUGUCAAGCGAAUCUGGAAAAUUCGUAGAGAAAAAUCGCAAUAAAAUGAGUUUCCUGUACAAUUCCGUGUUCCGCCGGACGUCAACCUUUGCCGUGGGUGUCCUAGCCUCCGUUUUCUUCUUCGAGAGGGCUUUCGAUUGGGGUGCAGAUGCACUUUUUGAGAAAGUGAACAAAGGGAAACUUUGGGAUGACAUCAAACACAAGUACGAGUAGAAAUUAUUUAGUUUAAUUUUAAUGGUAAAUAAACAAGAUUACUAGAAAA